GGCGGGCGAGGGCGGGGGCGGGCCGGGCGCUUGGCGGCUGGUCCCCUGCUACCUGUGUGGCCCUAGACCUGGCUUGGACCCCCGGGCGGGCUCCGGGGGCUCUUCGCUGGGCUGUGGAGGAAAGCCGUGAAAGGAGUGUGCGGCUCUGUCCUCGCUACGGUUACUCCGCCCGCACACGGUGGGGGUCGCGCCGCGCCUCGUUUCUUUAAUUCCUGGCAGACGGUGCCGAGAUUGUGGACGGAGACGCGCUGGGGCAGAGACUAUGUGAUCGCGUCGGUAUCUGAGUAGAGGACUUCGCUUCGGGGAGGGAAGAGGAGGGAUCGGCGCGCUCCUCCGCGGCGGCGACUCGGCAGGCGGAGUUUCGCGGCGGCGGCGGCGGCACCGAGGUUGCGCCAGCUUGCGGGGAGGUCGCUGCAUCCAGCCUCGGCGGCCGCGAGAACCCCAACGUCUGAGCCAGUCGGUGCGAGGGGAAAGCGAGACCGAACUCCGGGAGCACGGGAGAAGUAGAGCGAGCGAGCGCACCCCGCCCGCCCCAGCGGCGCAGCGCCGGACGGCGUCCAGGCGGCAUGGAGAAGGACGGCCUGAGCCGCGCCGACCAGCAGUACGAGUGCGUGGCGGAGAUCGGGGAGGGCGCCUAUGGGAAGGUGUUCAAGGCCCGCGACCUGAAAAACGGAGGCCGGUUUGUGGCACUGAAGCGCGUGCGGGUGCAGACCGGCGAGGAGGGCAUGCCGCUCUCCACUAUCCGCGAGGUGGCGGUGCUGAGGCACCUGGAGACCUUCGAGCACCCCAACGUGGUCAGGUUGUUUGAUGUGUGCACAGUGUCACGGACAGACAGGGAAACCAAACUAACACUAGUAUUUGAACAUGUUGAUCAAGACCUGACCACUUACUUGGACAAAGUUCCCGAGCCUGGAGUGCCUACUGAAACCAUAAAGGAUAUGAUGUUUCAGCUUCUUCGAGGUCUGGACUUCCUUCAUUCUCACCGAGUGGUGCAUCGUGAUCUAAAACCACAGAAUAUUCUGGUGACCAGCAGUGGACAAAUAAAGCUUGCUGACUUUGGCCUUGCCCGCAUCUAUAGUUUUCAGAUGGCUCUUACUUCAGUGGUUGUCACAUUGUGGUACCGUGCUCCUGAAGUCUUGCUCCAGUCCAGCUACGCCACCCCCGUGGAUCUCUGGAGUGUUGGCUGCAUAUUUGCAGAAAUGUUUCGUAGAAAGCCUCUUUUUCGUGGAAGUUCAGAUGUGGAUCAACUAGGAAAAAUCUUGGAUGUAAUUGGACUCCCAGGAGAAGAGGACUGGCCUAGAGAUGUGGCCCUUCCCAGGCAGGCUUUUCAUUCCAAACCUGCCCAACCCAUUGAGAAGUUUGUAACAGAUAUUGACGAGCUAGGCAAAGACCUACUUCUGAAGUGCUUGACAUUUAAUCCAGCCAAGAGAAUAUCUGCCUACAGUGCCCUGUCUCACCCAUACUUCCAAGACCUGGAGAGGUGCAAGGAGAACCUGGAUUCCCACCUGCCAUCCAGCCAGAAUGCCUCAGAGCUGAACACAGCCUGAGGUCUCCGGGCUGCCUUGAGCUGAUCAUCUGGAGCCCACCAUCGGCGGCGGCUGGGUCCCUGAGCAGGCCCUACAGAGCUGUUAAGCCUUGCUGGCUAGAGGCCUUCCAGCUGCCAUCUUUGCAUGGGCUCUGCUUCUCCAAGGAAACCGCCUCGUUUACUGUUUAGAAAUCAAUGCAAGAGUGAUUGCAGCUUUAUGUUCGUUCAUUUGUUUGUUUGUCUGUUUGUUUCAAGAACCUGGAAAAAUUCCAGAAGAAGAGAAGCUGCUGACCAAUUGUGCUGCCAUUUCAUUUUUCUAACCUUGAAUGCUGCCAGUGUGAAGUGGGUAAUCCAGGCACAGCUGAGUUAUGAUGUGAUCUCCCUGCAGCUGCCAGGCCUGAUUUGGUACUUGUGAGUGUACGUUCGUGCAUGCGUGUGUAUGUGUGUGUGUGUAUGUGUGAGUGUGCACACACAUGUGUGUGACAGAGGGAGAUUCUCUGAUCUCUUAAAGUGUUACUUUUUGUAAAUGACAAGAAUAAUUGAAUUUUAAAGACCAUGAAUAACAGGCACUUGUUCACUAAGCGUGUUCUGUUCAAAUUAGAAAGUUGAGCAUACGUCCUCAGCAUUUCUUUUCUGGACAAAAACAAUAAAUUUGCUAGCGAUAAAAGAUGAAGUUUUAGACACACAACAAAAGUGAAAAAAUUCUCAUAUCUUUUAAGAGACCUCUUUUUUAAAGCAUGCAUUCUAUGUACUCUUCAAAAAGCUGAAUUUACUUGUGUUAAGUUUAUUUGAACCUUCUCUAUAGUACCAUUCUUUAUUGUUUCUUUUGGAAAAUACCUAUAAGCUUUUUAUGAUUUGCUAUAGAUAUAGGGAGUAAGUAGGUUAAAAAAAUAGAGAUAGCUUUUACUUUCUGAUUUGAAAUGUCAUUAUUUCCUUUUUGGUUUUGUUGUUAUUUUGUUUGUGUUAAGCAUGUUUCAGAAACUGUUUCCUGUCUUGGUUUGGAGAGUUUUCUCUGGUUAAAGACAGGAAUGCCAUUUAAAUUGCCUUUACUCUUACACUGUACUUUUCACCACACUGCCUUGUUUGCAACGUGCCUCUCUUAUCUAGUUCCCAGCUCCUCUGAUAAAUACUGCUACCAUUCUAUAACAGCAGCUUGUUGGAGCUGUUCCACACACCACCUGCUCACUUUCUUCCAGUGAACCUUUCUCAGAUACUGAGUUUCAGGUUAUAUUUUAUGGGCUCACUUCUGCAGUCCUACCAGCAACCCAUAUGGCCCCUGUUAGCGCAGCCCUCCUAGCCUGCAUUCCCUAACGCUCCCUAGGUAGCAUAUAGGAUACUUCUUCUCUACCAUUAGCACAUAGAUCACUAUAAACUGUUACCUAGUGUUUUCCGUUUUUAUAGACUAUAUUGUCAGUGUAGUAUCUGGGGCGGGUGCGUGUUGUCUUUAACUCCUCUCUCUUAAAGAUUACCUGUUUACUCUCUGAAGUGAUCUUUUUCUGCUUUGAGAUUGUUGCAAAUGCCUUGCUGUCACACCUGCCCUCUACAGUGCCAGCCUGACCUCAGCACUGUAAACAGCUUUACUUUUUCUCUUACUGUCUUCUCUUCAGGCCUUUGUAUCCCAUACCACCUCUGCCUUACCCAUGGUUUAGUGCUCAGCUGGCUCAAGGAAUCAGAAGACAUCUUUAGGAUCGGAAAGUAUCUUUAGGAAAUGUAACUGCCUGUGCUUUCAGACUCAGGUUUUGAAUGCAUGCAGCAAAUAGCUAGAUUAUGUUUAGAGAGGAUUUUCAAAGAAUGGUGAUUGCUUCACUCAGCAGAUGUUUCUCCUUGGUGGCUUGUGGGGUUGGGAAUUUAAAAAAAAAAAAAAUACUCAGGAUUGAACCCAGGGAAUGCUGAGCUACAUCCCCAGCUUUGUCCCCUCCUCUUUUUAUUUUUAUUGCAUUUUUAGUCUCACUUAAGAUUUCAAAUUUUUGAUGUUCCUGUCUCAGCCUCCCAGGUAGCUGAGAUUGUAGGUGUAUGCCUCCAAACCUGACAGGAACCAUUCUUAUAAGUACAUACACUGCUUAAUAUUGUUCCAGUUCAGUAGCCUCAGGAACAAGAAGUCUUUAAAAGCAAGAUAGAAAAGCCACAAGAAGCUGAGUGUGGUGAUACACGCCUGUAAUCCCAACACUGUGUGAGGCUGAGACAGGAGGAUUUCAAGUUUGAGUCUAUCCCAGGCAACUUAGUGACUUAGUGAGACCCUCCCUCAAAAAUUAAAAAUAAGUAAAUGUUUUAAAAGCACUGGGAAUGUAGCUCAAUAUGAAGGCCCUGGGUUCAAAUCCCAGUACUGCAAGGGAAAGAAGAAGAAAAAUAAAGGCAGAGCAUAGAAUAUUUUAUACUGCUUCAUGUGGCAGCACGUCAUGAUGAUGUGCUGUCAGCCCUGUAGAUGCCUAAGUAUAGUGAACCUGGAGCAUUUGAGGUAAGGUAUGCUCAAAAUUUCACCUGGAAAAUGAGUUCCACCUUUUCUUUGAUCAAGGUUCAGAAUACAAGGACACCCAUGCUGGGGCCUAAAAAUUGAAUUUAAAAACUGACUGCACUGAUUGAUCGUGACCUUUUUGGCUAGUAUUCAUGUGUGGAAGUGAACAUAACCUGGGUUUGUGCUUUUGUAAGUUUUUUUCUUAAGUUCCCUCAAGAAAAGUGCAGCUGUUCUAAACUGGAAUUUUUCAGCAUUUUUAGAAUUGAGUUCAACUUUUAUUUCUAGUAUCUGCUUUGGACUUAUUUCUAGUUUAGCGUUUGUAAAGAAUUAAAGCACAAACAUUCUGGCAUUAGCUACUUGGCACAGUGCCCUCUGAUGGACACAGAAUGAAAGGGCACCUCAGCCUCGCUUGUCUUGCCCCAGUUCUUCCAGAGGUGAGCACUUAAACUCUCUCCAUGUAUGUCUUCAGCACCCAAGCUCAUGACCUCUGAAGUCCAGAUCUCACCAAGCAGCCUUACCAUUAGGUUAGGGCACUUUGAAGCAUACAGCAAAAUACAAACUUUGUGAACACAGCCUAUUCUGUGACAUAAGCUUUCAGAUAUCUUUGCCGAAAGCUAGGUAGGGUUUAGCUGUAAAGGUCAUACUGCUUUAGGGCUCUAGUAAAGCAACUUAUUGCAAGCAGAGUAUCAGAAUUUGAAAAUCUGAAAGCACAUUUGAAUCAUACUAGUACUAGUACAAGAAUGUGCCUGAUAGCUUCUGUUUGGGGUUUGGUUCUGCUGGUCCAGGGAUUGUGACAACUAUCACUUAAGGUGGAGUUUUAGCAACCUUGAUCUGAAAAGAAAAGGAAACCUGUUGGUUUAGUUUAUCAUAAGCUAUUGGGUGGCAAAGGCUGAUAAUGACCUGAAAAACACAAUUCCUGAGUGCUUAGGAACCCAGUGAGUCAGAGCCUCCUAUUCCUCUGUCGGUCUUUGAAGAGUAUGGGAGCUCAAGGACCAGAGACUGCUUGAAAUAACACUUGAAGCCAUUUCAGCCGCUGUAAUUCUCAUUUUCUCUCAGGAAGCACACUGUGAAUGGUAGAAUUCUCAUUUAGCCCCAGGUGACUUACUAAAAAUAGCUCGAAAUUAUUCACCUAAGAAUACAAUCCCAUCAUGUUAGCUUUAAGGAAAAGUGAAAAUGUCAGAAUGCAUGGGAUACUGAUAUUUUCACAUGUUCCUUUGAAUAGAAAAGUGUACACUUUGACUCCAGAAUAUGGUACUAUCCAUCUUGUGAUAAUCAACAAUACCAAACAUUUUGAACUCUAAAUUAUGUAUGAGUAUUUAAAUUGAUUUUUAAAUAACUGUAGCUGCUUAUCUUUAAAAAGGUGCCUGUUCAGUAAUGGCAAUUCUCAUUCCAUUUUGGAAAUUAAAUCAUGUAAACCUCUACUAUCAUAGACAUAUUAAAAUUCUUCUAUCCAAAGAACUUCUUUUUUUUUAAGUAAAAACUUGACUAUUUUUAUGAUAAGCACAUGAGAGUGUCUCACGUUUUAUUUUCAAGAAGCAUGCUUUUGUUGCAUACUUUGGUCUAAGAAAGAAUAAUAUUAAAAGUUACUAUGCCACCAUAAUUACUUAAUUGUGCAUAUUGGUAGAAUUCAAAAAAUGCAUGUUUAACAUUCUAACAUAAAAAUAAAGAUAUUGCAUGAUUUCUAAAUAUUAAAAAAUUAUUUGUAAAACACAAUGGCGAGAGGAAAUUUUGGAGAAAGUUACAGUCAAGUAGUUUUAAAAUUCCAUACAUUUUGAAAGAUACAUUCUUGAUCAUCAAAUGUAUUACAAGAAUUAAGGUCACCUGGCCCGGGAUUUAGCUCAGUGGUUCUGCCGCCUGCCUUGCAAGUGGAAGGUCCCGAGUUCAAUCCCCGGUACCAAAAAAAAAAAAAAAAAAAAGAAUUAAGGUCACCUGCCAACUAUGGACUUGAUACGUUCAAAAACCAAUUUUAUGGAGAAGCUAUCCCAAUCACAAAUUAUCUUUUCAAAGACUGAGCCAAAUAAACUAAAUCAUUCAUAAUCCUUCCUCAUUUUGUGGGAAGAAGCAGCCACUCAAAGCUAUACUUGUUUUACAUACCUAGGAGUAUAUUCACUGUAAAAGUAAAUAAAUUGUUGAAAGGUAUCUGUGAAAGUCCUAUGUCAGUAGGACUUUUGAGAAAUUGUAGACGUUACCAAAAAGCCCUUUUCCUGUGCAUUAAGUGCAUACAGAUACAUAAUUAGGAAGAUAGUUACAUGUUCCUUGUUCACAAUGGAAAAACAACUUGAGGCCACCAAAGCCUGACAAGCAAUGUAAGUACUGGAAAAAUUAAUAAUGGAGUUUCUUCAAAGGUAUGGGAAAGGCCUUUACAUGUCUUACUGGCUUCCUUUUAUAGCAAUACAAUUUCCAGCUCAAUUUUGAUACACAGCUAUGCCUCAAGCAUUUCUAACUUCUACUUCUUUAGAAAAUAAGCCAAAUCUAUUCCUUUGGACUUUCUAUUUUCUGACCUUAUAAACAGCAGAAUUGUAAAAACAGAAGGUAUCUGAUUUUUAAUUUUUUUCAAUUAAUUCUUAGUAUUCUCAAGGAGUUAGUUUAGAUUAAUGAAUGGACAUCAUUUUUGUGUUUCCUUGACCCUGGUGCUCUGGCCUUCAAGAAGAAAACAGGAGCCACCUGAAAAUAAAGGCUGUUAUUUCAAGCAUCUAUUGAAAUUCUAUUACAGUGCUUUAAAGUUAACACAGUAAGACUGAAGAUAGUUUUUCUUGCAAAUGUCUGUUUUAAAAUUCACUCUGUCCUAAGAGCUGGGCUUUUUUGUUUUAUUCCAGUGUAUCCCACAAGGUGGCACUUUAAGAGAAAAAUUAAAGUCUGACCAAGGCUAGAGAGAUACUUCUUAAAGACAUCAUUCUAAAAAAUAAAAAAUAAAGACAUCAUUCUAACUUCAUUUUUCUGCACAUCUUUUAACAGUUGCCUAGCACUUAUUUAAUAACUAAUAGUCUUCGUAAUGUUCUGAAACUUAAAUACUUUGUUUCUUAGCUAAGUUCUGAACAAUUGUUUACAAAUAAAGUAUGUUUUAGGGUGGCUUACACAUCGAUUUUGAUCAUUUGAAUGAAUAAAGCCAGGUCAUUCGUUUACUCAAGAAACAUUUUUUGAGGUUCCUAAUUACCUCACUUUUCUAGUGUAGGCAGAUUUACUAAAAAGCAACCCACAUGUGCAAAGAGGACACUUUUUUAGGAGUAUAAAAUUCACAGCUCCCUGCUGCUUUCACAUUUCCUACCAUGGUGGCCUUUUGAGGAAUUCAGUUUUAAAAUCCUAAUUUAAGCCGGGGAUUUAGCUCAGUGGUUCCGCCACCUGCCUCACAAGUGCAAGGUCCCAAGUUCAAUCCCUGGUACCAAAAAAAAAAAAAAUCCUAAUUUAAAAAUCAAGUGAGCGAAAUAAGUAGUGUAUCAGUAAUUAAGUGGACAAAACUUUCUAAAAGAAUUGCUAUACUGAAACGAGACCCAGAAUACUAAAAGAUCUGGUAAUUUUUACAUUUCCAUAGUCAGAAAUGUAAAUUCUUAAGAAAUUGAAAAGGUCUUGGGAUGUGGCUCAGAGGUAGAGUGCUGGCCUAGCACGUGCAAGGCACUGGGUUCAAUCUCCAGCACCACAAAAAUUAUUUUGUCUUAAGUAUAUGACAAAAUACUUAGGUAGAUAAGUCUACCUAAGUCUUUGAUUUCUCCACUUUGCCAAUUUUUUGGCAACUUCAUGCAAUGUAUGUAUUUUUUUAAGUUGACAUUUCUGCUCAGAGACCCAUUAUCCCCUUCCUCAGUGAUCUAUGAAAUUUGAGAGGCAGGAAAUUAGUGUUUUUAAGUUUCUUUGGCACAGCACAAGGCAGUUUAAUCCUGAGGGGCAGAACGAUGGACUUGGUUUCUUCAGAGUGAAUCACUUGGAACUGUCAAAGUUCUGACAUCAAGCCUUGGAACUACUUCGCCCCCAGCUCCCACCGACCCCAGGACCUUACCUAGAUGCCUUGGGGCGGAGCUCUCGCCACCCCGCCCCUUGGCCGGUGAGUGGCAGGGGCGUGGCUGCCCGAACCCGCGGGCGGGACACUGUCUAGGUCGGGUUCCCUGCUGCUGGCUCAGAGGUACCAGUUCUGCAGUCUUAGGGAGUAAACCGGCCCUAGAAACAAACGGGUGUCUUCUGUGCGUCAAGAAGUACAACACAAGCCUCCCAACACUCGGGUAUAGAGAGAUGCAGUAGACUGCUAAGUGCGAAGCGCUCUACCAGGCAUCCCAAGUGCUAAGCUCAGCUUUGUUGUUUGUUUUUUAAGGAGGCGAUGUAUAAUUACAGGAUAGAUUUUUUUUUUUUUAUCCUACAUGCAUGAUGGCAAAAGAUGUACCUGGAAAAGUUUUGAAAAUUUGUUCCUUUUCUACUUCAGUUGGCAGGAGCUAUUUCUUUAGCUUCCAGUUCUUUUUAUUUGCCAAGUAAUUAAAGGUAUAAAAGACAAUUAUGUCAUGUAAUGAGAGGUUUUUUUUGUGUAGAGGAACCUUUCAUGUGAUUGGUCACACAAAUAAUCAGGCCUUCUCUGUGUUAGGAAUUUGAGUUGUCAAAUGCGGGUUUUCUUAAAGUGCAUAUAGCUGCAUGUUGACAGCCACGUCCUAGGUGGCACCAACCAGCAAACAAAGAGCCACAUGGUUGUUUAAUUUUGGACUCUGGUUUCUAGCCAAAUUCUAUUGAUGUCUUUAGGUUAAAGUUCCAUAGAUACUCUGUACCCUUGAACAUUCUAAUCAUAAGCUUUAUGAAAUGCAGUAACUUGUAUUUAUGUGGUCAUCAGUAACUCAGAGUUUGACUUUGAAGGCUCUGAAAAAUUAAAGUAGAUUCCAGCAGCAAUACAUCUCUUGAACUCCCACAUACAUCGUGUAUGUUUUCACUCUUGGUCCUCUGCAACAGUAUACACACAUGUAUUAUAGUUCCCUACUUACUUUUUAUUCACUUGUUUCCCUGUGACUAGUAAGAAUUGUAUUAGUACAUGGAAUUGAGCAGCACUUAACAGGUGAAUAAUUUUUUCAAGUUUGACACUUGCAUAAAUUAUUUUUAUUAUUCAUGUAUUUUAUUUAUUCCUGAAUCACACUAGUCCUGUGAAAGUGCAACUGAAGGUUAAGAUUUGCAUUUAACAUUCACUGUGGCCUUGAUAGAGAAAGGAAAUAAAACUUAGACUAAGUCACCAAAUAACCUGCAUGCAUUUCUACAUGAUUAGUAGGUUUAAGUCUAUGAUGUAGUACUUUUGGUGUCUAGGUGUUUUAUCAUGUAAAGGAAUUAAAGCAAAGGACUUUAUAUUUGUUGCUUUUGUCAAGUGUGUAUUUAGUUUAGUGUGAUAUUACAGCAAAAGUAAAAGCUAAAGGUAGAAAAGCAUUUUAGAGGCUGCUUUAAUUUAGGAACUACACCAGCUGCCCAGAGAGUAGAGACAGGUGUAUGGGCGGUGCCUCUUGUCUGGCCUUGUGAAGAAGUUUCCCCCACGCUCCAGUGCCAUUGUGAGUAGGUGUUCUGUGCAGCAGUGGAACAAGUAAUACUGUUGAGAGGGAAGCAAUGCCGAAGUUGCUUUGUAGGAACAUAACUGAGAGCUUAUGUCUUGAGGCUUCCGGAGUGUGUCCAAUUGAGAAGUCCAAGUUGGCAUCCUUUGGGCAACUUUGCUGCAUACAGAAGCAAUCCAGCCUGUUAAUAAAAAGCUAGGAUUGCAAUAAUAGACAAAGAGGUUUUAAUGACCAGCAAGUCCCAAAGCCUUAAAAGGGUAUUGCAUUUUUGGUAUUUUUAGAUUUGAUCUGAAGGUUAAAGGGCAAGUGUUUGGUAUAGAAGAGCAGUAUGUGUUAAGAAAAGCACAAUAUCAGUUCCCACAGAGUGCAGAUUGGAGCUAGAGAGUUUUAGAGGAUUAUCAUUUCUGAUGUGUAAAAGUAUAUUUUUGCUAUAAUAAUGCAUUAGUGCUUCCACAUUCUCAGUUUUAAAACUUCUAGGUUUCGCCAAAGCUGUCACACACAGUAAGCUUUUUUUCUGACUUAUAAUAGAAAAUGUUUUAAAAAAUUUUUUUUAAAUCUUAAUCUGAACAUUUGACUCCUUGGUUUCUUAUUUGAAAUCACAGAAAUACAGAGAUUGUACACAUCAAACGCUAAUCUAGGCUGUGUGAAGAACCAGGCCCAGAUGACCAAUAUUCCCACAUCCUUUACCCCACCCUACAUCUCUUCCUCCUGCCCACCAAGGUGCCCCCUGCCACCACUUUCACUUGUCCAUCCUCCUCUGCCGAUUGUGGGCAUCAGGGACAUGAUGAGAGACACCUUAGGUACCACGGUUUGGUUACACAGGCCUGACCGCCACCGCCACUUGGUCUUUGGAUCCUGAUGCCAGGCACAGUGUGUGCUGGUGAUGUCAAUCAGAUAUACCUUUAGCAUCUUUGUAUGCAUCUUGAUGUUUAAAACAAGUCAUUGUACAGAGCAUUCAGUUUUGGCUGUGGAACCAAGAGAGAAACUAACGAAGAAUACAAACCACAUUCCAAGCUGCUGUUUUCUAUCCAUCUACAGGCUGUACUUUUACUGUAUUUCUUCAUACUUGAAACUCAUUCUGCUGUUUUAAUAUCAGGGUACAGACAUCAGGGUGCAUGUUCCCUCAAGGUGCAUACUGACUCAUUCUGUUUGCUCAUGUUGCCACAGAAUGCUCUGUUUUGGUGCUUUCGGUUCAGCAGGUCAAAGAAGCAAUGUGGAAAAUCCCUGCCUGGAUCACAGUCUUACAAGAAUGCUGGCAGAUGGCUUGGUGUCAAAUGUUGCUUCUGCUCUUUUCUCUGAAAACAAGAUUAAGAGUUCCCACGCUGGCCAGUCAGGUCCAUGCAAGUAUCCUUCCUCACAGGAUAUACAAACCCUGUGCUCUACUCUCGGGUGGGUGUAGCACAACCUCUGAAGCAGGGACCUUCCUACCUAUCCAGAUUAUUAGCCCUCAAAGAAAAAUGACCUUGAGUACAGAUAGCAACAGACAGGGAAGGGCCAGGUGGGUCAUCUCGUGACUUUCUCCCCUGUUCCACACAGGAAGCCUUCCUAAGGCCAAAAAGAGAGAAGAAGGAAAGAAGGCUUAUCUCAGCUUACCCUCAGCUGAAUGCGCUCGCUCCCUUUGAAGCAGAUGAAAAUACUAGUCCACUUAUCCAAACCCCUCCCACCUGAAGAAGAGAAUAGAAAAGUAGGGGUUUGUAUCGUGUAAGGUAUGUCAUUCAAGAAACACAACUUCCAGUAAAUACCCCAUCAUUAGGAAUCUGUUUCUAAAAGUAUCAAAAGUGAGGGAUGCUUUCUGACCCAGGGCUUCUGAGGUCGGAAGCAGUCAAUCCAGUGUGUGCCUCGUUCUAAGAUUUGUGUGGAGAAGGAGCGCUGCAGUGGUGAUUCUGUUCCAGUGGCAAAGGUGACAGGUCAGAAAAUUCAGAGGGUUACAGACCAAUAAUCCUUUGGAAACUGGAUGUCUUAUUGGGUGCUAGAAUGGAAAUUUAGGUAUUUAUUGUCAAAUAAUGGGAUUCGUUGUUUAUUCAAAAUUAUUGUUGGAAUGUUACUGUCCAUUUUGUUCACUUAUACUCAAGCUCAGUUGAAGCAAAAAGAAAAUUUGUACAUUUGUCAUACCUUUUGUAUUUCUUACAAUAAAAAUAUUGGUAGCAAAUAAAAACCACCAUUUUAACUGCU